AUGGGAGGAAUUGGAAAAACAGCUCUUGCGCGGUUGAUUUACCAUGAUCCUCGACUGAUCUACAAGGAUGGACAAGAUCAGAGAAGAUUUGACAAAAAGAUUUGGGUAUUUAUUUUAAAUAAUUUUGACACGAUAAAGAUUGCACAAGCUAUCAUUUUAGCUUUGAAGGAGGAUAAUCACCCGGACAUAACUUUUGCCAAGUUCAUGCAACCUUCAAUUACAUUGCAAUACCUUCUUAAACAUAUCAUGGAAACUAUGGUAGAAAUUAAAUUUAUGCUCAUCUUAGACGACAUGUGGGAAGAUAAUCAUAACUAUGGUUGGGAACAACUCCAUACUGUUUUAAAAAAAGGCAAGGCUGGGAGUAUAACUGUGGUUACUACUAGGAAGCUAUCUAUUGCAAAGAAGAUGUCUUCCGACUCGGAUUGCAUCUAUGAUUUGUCAAUUUGGCAUGAGGUAGAUUGUCUCUCAAUCCAUGAACAAUUUCUUUUAGAUGGAAAAGAUCAACUUUCUGAUGAAGAACGCGAAAGCUUGAGAAAUAUUUCGAUGAAAGCAAAGGCUUGCCUCUGGUUGCGAAGGCUUUGGGAAAAUUUUUGCUAG